AUGGCGAACCUUCCCUUUCCGCAUUCGAGCGCGCCGCUCAAAACUGUCGAGGAGAUUCAGUUCGGCAUGCUGUCCCCAGAGGAGAUCAAAAACAUGAGUGUCGCGCACAUUCUGUACCCCGAAACUAUGGAGGAGAACAAGACAACACCACGCGAUGGCGGUCUCAACGAUCCCCUUCUCGGCUCUAUUGACCGCCAGUUCAAGUGCAAAACUUGCGCUCAACCCAUGAGCGAGUGUCCCGGCCAUUUUGGCCAUAUAGAACUGGCGAAACCGGUAUACCACCCUGGUUUCAUCAAGAAAGUGAAAAAGGUUUUGGAGAUUGUCUGCCACAAUUGCAGCAAAGUGUUGGCCGAUGAAAGCGAUCCCGAGUUUGUUCAAGCCGUCAACACCCGCGAUCCGAAACUCCGAUUCAAGCGCGUCUGGGCCGUGUGUAAGAAGAAGCGCAAGUGUGAGAACGAGGACAGGCAAGACAAGAACAAGGACGAAGAAUUUGCUCCAGGUGCCAAGAGCGUCGUUCUCGAAGGACACGGCGGAUGCGGCAACAUGCAGCCGCAGGUAAGACAAGCCGCGUUGCAGCUCAAGGCCGCUUUCGAGGUCACUUCGGAAGAGGGCCCCAAGAGGAAGGAGACCGUGAACAUUAGCGCCGAAAUGGCGCACGGUAUUCUUCGCCGCAUCUCUGAACGCGAUUUGCACAACAUUGGUCUCAACUCGGACUAUGCCCGUCCUGAGUGGAUGAUUAUUACUGUUCUGCCUGUCCCACCCCCUCCCGUGCGUCCUAGUAUUUCCAUGGAUGGUACUGGUACCGGCAUGAGAAACGAAGACGAUUUGACCUACAAGCUUGGCGACAUUAUUCGCGCCAACGGUAAUGUCAAGCAGGCCAUUCGCGAAGGAUCACCGCAGCACAUUGCGCGUGAUUUCGAGGAGUUGCUGCAGUACCAUGUUGCCACCUACAUGGAUAACGAUAUUGCUGGCCAGCCGCGGGCCCUUCAAAAGAGCGGUCGUCCUGUCAAGGCGAUUCGCGCCCGUCUGAAGGGUAAGGAGGGUCGUCUGCGAGGUAACUUGAUGGGUAAGCGUGUCGACUUUUCGGCGCGUACCGUCAUCACCGGUGAUGCCAACUUGUCUCUGCACGAAGUCGGUGUCCCACGCAGCAUUGCUCGCACUCUCACAUAUCCCGAGACAGUCACUCCCUACAACAUUGCCAAACUGCAUCAACUCGUCGAAAACGGACCAAAUGAGCACCCUGGUGCCAAAUACGUCAUUCGCUCUGACGGCACCAGAAUUGAUCUAAGACAUCACAGACGCGCUGCUCAGAUUUCCCUGGAGUAUGGAUGGAAGGUUGAACGCCAUCUCAUCGAUGGCGACUACAUCAUCUUCAACCGUCAGCCCUCUCUGCACAAGGAAUCCAUGAUGGGUCAUCGUGUCAAGGUCAUGCCCUACUCUACCUUCCGACUAAACCUGUCCGUUACUUCUCCUUACAACGCCGAUUUCGACGGUGAUGAAAUGAACUUGCACGUGCCCCAGACCGAGGAAACUCGAGCUGAAAUCAAGGAGCUUUGUCUCGUUCCCAACAACAUUGUUUCGCCUCAGAAGAACGGUCCGCUCAUGGGUAUUGUCCAGGACUCCCUGGCUGGUGUCUACAAGCUCUGCCGUCGUGACACAUUCCUCGACAAGGAGAUUGUUCAGAACCUCAUGCUCUGGGUUCCUAACUGGGAUGGUGUGAUUCCGCAACCGGCUAUUCUCAAGCCCAGGCCUCGCUGGACCGGUAAACAGAUUAUCAGCAUGGUCAUCCCGGCUGAGAUCAGUCUAUACAGCAAGGAAGACAAGUUGGACAAUCCGCUGAAAGACGCCGGCAUGCUUAUCCAGAGUGGUGAGCUUAUGUAUGGCCUCCUCAAGAAGAAGUACGUCGGUGCUGCUGCAGGCGGUAUCAUCCACUUGUGCUACAACGAACUUGGGCCCGAAGGCGCCAUGGCUUUCUUGAACGGUGUCCAGCAGGUCGUCACCUACUGGCUUCUGAACACGGGUCAUAGUAUCGGUAUCGGUGACACUAUUCCCGAUAAGGCCACCAUCAAGAAGAUCCAAGCUCAUAUCGAUGAGAACAAGGCUGAAGUCGCUCGACUGACUGCCCAGGCUACAGCCAACGAGCUGGAGGCUUUGCCUGGUAUGAACGUUCGCGCCACUUUCGAGAACAAGGUCUCCAUGGCCCUCAACAUGGCUCGUGACCAGGCUGGUACGUCAACACAGAAAAGUCUGAAGGAUUCAAACAACGCCGUCACCAUGUCGGAAUCUGGAUCCAAGGGUUCUUCCAUAAAUAUUUCACAGAUGACGGCUCUCGUUGGUCAGCAGAUCGUCGAAGGAAAGCGUAUUCCUUUUGGCUUCAAGUACCGCACACUGCCUCACUUCACAAAGGACGAUUACUCGCCUGAAGCUCGUGGCUUCGUUGAGAACUCGUACCUUCGUGGUCUGACGCCUUCUGAAUUCUUUUUCCACGCCAUGGCUGGUAGAGAAGGUCUUAUUGAUACUGCGGUCAAGACUGCUGAGACGGGUUACAUUCAGCGACGUCUGGUCAAGGCGCUCGAAGAUCUCAGCGCUCGCUACGAUGGAACUGUGCGCAACUCACUGGGUGACAUUAUUCAGUUCUUGUACGGUGAAGAUGGUCUCGAUGCUAUGUGCAUUGAAAAACAGAGACUUGGCACCAUCAAGAUGUCUGAUGCCGCCUUUGAGAACCAAUACCGCCUGGAUCUUGCCAACCCUCCCGAGUGGUUCCGCAAGGACUACGAGUACGGCAAUGAGCUGGCCGGCGACAAGGCGUCCAUGGAAUUGCUGGACAUGGAGUGGGAUGCCUUGCUUGUCGACAGACGCCUUGUUCGCGACAUCAACAAGAGCAAGAUGGGCGAAGAGAUGAUGCAGCUUCCUCUCAACAUCGGCCGUAUCAUUGAGAGCGCCAAGCGCGUCUUCAACAUUCGCGAAACUGAUCGCAGCAACCUUCGCCCGUCUGAUGUCAUUAACACUGUGCACAAUUUGCUGGCCGGCAUGAAGAUUGUGCGCGGCGCGGACCCCAUUUCGCUAGAGGCCGACUACAAUGCCACAAUUCUCUUCAAGGCUCUCCUACGCUCUCGUCUUGCUUUCAAGGAGAUUGUGUACGUACAUCGCUUGAACAAGCUUGCCUUUGACCACGUUAUCGGCGAGCUCCAGAACCGCUGGGACCGAGCCUUUGUCAGCCCCGGUGAAAUGGUCGGUGUUCUUGCUGCUCAGUCUAUUGGUGAACCCGCUACUCAAAUGACGCUCAACACCUUCCAUUUUGCUGGUGUGUCCUCCAAGAACGUUACUCUUGGUGUGCCGCGUCUCAAGGAAAUUCUCAACUUGGCCAAGAACAUCAAGACACCAGGCAUGGCCGUUUACUUGGACACGACGCUGGGAACCCAGGAGCAGGCCAAGAAGCUCCGUAGUUUGGUUGAAUACACCAACCUGCGCUCCGUCACAGCGGUCACCGAAAUCCACUACGAUCCCGAUGUGCAGUCCACCACCAUUCCAGAAGAUGUGGACAUGAUUGAGUCGUACUUUAUGAUUCCCGACGAUGCUCAGGACACUAUUCACCGGCAGUCACGCUGGCUCCUCCGUAUCACUUUGGACCGCCAGAAGCUUUUGGACAAGGAAAUCAAGAUUGACGAUGUCGCUGCCUGUAUCAAGGAGCACUACGCCGCCGAUUUGGCCAUCAUCUUCUCUGACAACAACGCCGAUGAACAAGUCAUUCGUAUCCGCACCAUCAGCCGGGAUGAUGGCAAGGAUGAGGAGCGCGACACUAGAAUUGAGGACGAUGUCAUGCUCAAGCGUCUGGAAGCUCACUUGCUCGAUACCAUGACUCUUCGUGGUGUCCCUGGUGUCGAGAGGGCUUUCUUGACCAAGGGCACUCGCCUGGUUGAAGAUAAAGACGGCUCUGAACUGGCUCUCAAGGACGAUCCGAGAUGCACGCAGUGGUACCUGGAUACCAGUGGCUCAGCGCUCCGAGAGGUGCUUGCUGUCGAUGGCGUUGAUCCUAGAAGGACCUACAGUAACGACCUGUACCAGAUUACUGAGGUCUUUGGUGUCGAGGCUGUACGAUCUGCGCUGGUGAAGGAACUGACCAACGUUUUGGCCUUUGACGGUUCUUACGUCAACCAUCGUCACAUUGCUCUGCUUUGCGAUAUCAUGACCUACCGUGGCAUCAUUUCGGCUGUUACUCGUCACGGUAUCAACCGUGCCGAUACUGGUGCGCUCAUGCGUUGUUCGUUUGAAGAGACUGUCGAAAUUCUGCUCGAGGCUGCCGCUACCGGUGAACUUGACGACUGCCGUGGUAUUUCUGAAAACGUCAUGCUCGGUCAGCUUGCGCCGAUGGGUACUGGCAACUUUGACGUGUACCUGGAUCCGAAGAUGUUGGAGACUGUCAUCUCUGACAACUCUCGCAUGGGUCUCAUGCCUGGCAUGCCCACCAAGGAGGGUGAGGGCGAGGGUGCUGCGACCCCUUACGACAGUGGCUCGCCGAUGGGCGACUCUGGCUACCUCAGCAUGGCUUCGCCUGCUGCCGGUAACUUCUCGCCUAUCCAGGGUGCUGGCUCGGAAACACCUACUGGAUUCAAUACGGAGUAUGGUGGUGGCUUCGGUGCCAAUGGCUCGAUGAGCCCGUACUCGCGCGGCGCUGCCAGCCCAUUCAGCACGUCGCCCACAUCGCCGUUCAGCUCGGGCAUGGGAGGCUACUCGCCAUCAUCGCCCAAUACUGGCUACUCUCCUACGUCACCCAUGCUGGAUGGUGGUGCUCGCUACGCCACGUCUCCGUCAUUCAGCCCGUCGUCGCCGUCGUUUUCGCCAACGUCGCCCAUGCUGCGACCCACGAGCCCGGCCAGUCCCAACUACAGUCCGACGUCGCCCAGCUACUCGCCGACAUCGCCGACAUCGCCGCGACACUACUCACCUACGUCGCCGGCUCAGUUCAACUCGCCGACGUCUCCCAGCUACUCUCCGGCCAGUCCCAACUACAGUCCUGCAUCUCCCAACCUGCACGGAGGUGGCCCUACCUCACCCUCGUACUCGCCUGCGUCGCCGUCGUGGUCACCAACCUCACCCGACGCGUACUCGCCCACGAGCCCGAGUUUCGGACGCAGCCCCGGCCAGCAGCAGUCGCCCACAAGCCCAAGUUACUCUCCCACGUCGCCUCAGUUCUCUCCUCGCACGCCUGGUCCCUCGGGCUCUGGCGGAGGUUCUGGAACUGGCAACCAGUACUCGCCUAGCUCGCCGAAUAAUGAGUGA